AUGAUCGGAACCUACGCAUAUUGCUUAAAAAAAUUAGUGUUGAUUUUUGGAUUGAUAUUUAUCUCAUCAAUUAGUGUUUUAGCAACAAAUGUUUGCAAUUUUAACGUGAGGAUCAAGCAAACUUUGAUAAAUGAAGGAUUUCAUAGAAACAUCACAUAUGGCAUUAUAUUUAACACUAAGAAUGACGAUGAGAGGUGGCUGUAUGCAGAUUGUGUUGUUGGUUUAGAACAAGUACUGCCAUCUGGUGUAUUUACUAACCCAGAUGAAUUAAGUGACUUACGACGAAGCAAAAAGUUAAAUGCAUUUCCAAAAAAUCGUGUGAAUGUGGAACUGCCAGCAGAACAGUCCAGCCCUAACAGGGUGUAUAUAACUGGAAAGGUCUUAGAUGGAAAAAUCAACCUUUGGUUGCCAGUUCAUGCAAGAUAUCAUCAAGCUGUUUCUGGUGGAGGAACUGCAAGGAACGAGAUUGAAGCCCCAACACUGUUCCUUCACUGUCCGGAUGAAAGGCUAGAGGUAUGCGGUGCAAAGAAUGCACAAGCUGUAUUUUCAUGCAACGGCAGUUCAAAAGAGAAAUGCAAAUGGAAAGAAAUACCGUAUACAAUGAUGACUGAAACGCUUAUUUGGGACGUUCCUGUUGGUAAUACGGAUCAUUAUUACUUGGUAGCUACAGGCACAGCCACAGUCAUAGUGGUAGGCUCACUAUAUCUAUUGAAGGCUAUACACGAAUACCAAGUUAGUCAUCGCAAGAAGAAAUUGUGA